AUGCGGUGGAUUCUCUUCUGUCUCUUUGUGGCCUUGGCUGCAAGCGAGACCACGAAUUAUGAGCCCACCUUGAACCCCCAUAAGACAUAUGAAUAUAAAUAUGAAGGAGUGGUGAAUAUUGGGCGUGAUACACCAGACCUGGCUGAGUCUGGAGUAAAACUACAGUGCAAUUUUAAAAUCACUGGAGUAUCAGUACAAACCUUUCUAUUUCAGAUCUCCAAUGUAACCUUUGAAGAGUUUAAUGGAAUCCCCGGAGAGGACUCAUUCAAAGUCUCACCUAAUCUUACUAAACGUUUGGCAGCUGUACUCACCAAACCCUUCACUUUUGAAUACACAAAAGGACAAGUAAUUGACAUUAAAACAGCACCUGACGUCUCCAACACUAUUGUGAACAUAGUGCGAGGUAUUCUAAAGUUCCUGCAUGUUACAAUCAAAACCACCCAGCGGAUUUAUGAACUUGAUGAGGUGGGAAUUCAUGGUAUCUGCCACAGUGCUUAUGUUAUUGAAGAGAAUGCAGCAGCUAAAGAAUUAUAUGUGACCCAAAACAUUGACAUUAAAAACUGCCAUCAAAAAGCAGAAAUAUAUCAAGGAAUGGCACUGGCUCAAGAAAGUAAAAUCAGCAGGGAGAGAGGUGAAAAUGUGGUUGCUACUGUGAAAUAUGCAUAUACAGUGAAGUCUAUGGGAAGCGUUGGUCUCAUUACAAAGGCCUCUGCACAUGAAAGGCACUACUUCUCUCCAUUCAAUGUGAAGGGUGGCAAUUCUAAACUGAAAGCCAUCUGGAACAUUGAGCUACUCAAACAGGCCGACAUUGCUGGCAAACCUCUGACAGGUCAGGUGAAAAGCAGGGGAAAUAUGAUGUACAAGGCAGAGAAAGAUCUAGGGCCAAUGCCAGUUCUAAUGAUCAGUCUAACUAACCCAGCUCCUAAGAUUGCAGACCUGAUCAAACGUUUGGCUCAGGCUCACAUCUACCAGGUGAACGCUGCCACGAGUGCUGACAUUCUUGAGCUUAUUCAACUGCUUCGUGCAACUAGUUAUGAAGAUCUGGAGCUUUUAUGGAAACAGCUAUCAGGAAAUGAUGAGCACAGGAGGUGGUUUCUGGAUACAGUUGUUGAGGUGACAGAUGGGAGGGUCCUCAAAUUCCUGAAGAACAGAUUCAAGGCUGGAGACAUUUCUGCAAAUGAGGCUGGACAGGCAAUCCUGGUGGCAUUCAACCAUCUAUCUGCUGAAUCUGAAUUAGUAGAAAUGGCAAAGGAGUUUUUGACCAUCCCAUUUAGUAAGUCCCAUCCUAUGCUAUGGAACACUGUGAUCCUUUCGUAUGGUUCUCUGGUAUACAGAGUGUGUGAUCGUGUGAAUCCCUGCCCAGUCCUCACAGUGCAGCCGCUGCUCGAUAUGGCCACUAAUGGACUCACUAAAGGCAUUGAUGAAGACAUGGUGAUUGCUCUGAAGGCCUUGGGAAACGCCGGACAUCCAUUAAGCCUUAAGACCAUAAUGAAGUUCCUUCCUGGAUUCUCUGUCAAAGCUGAUAGCCUCCCCACUAGGGUUCAGAGUGUGGCUGUGCAGUCCCUCCGGCACCUCGCCAUCAGAGAUCCACAUAAUGUCCAGGACAUUGUCCUAACCAUAAUUGCAGAAAGGACUGUUCCUGUUGAAAUAAGAAUGUUAGCAUCUGUGAUCUUCCUGGAGACAAAGCCAUCUCUAGCGCUGAUCUCCACACUGACUGAGCUUCUGCUCCAGGAAACAGACCUCCAAGUCGCAAGCUUCAUUUACUCACAACUCAGAGGCAUCGCAAGGUCACGCAUCCCUGAUGAUCAUUACCUCUCAACUGUUUGUAAUAUCGCAGUAAAAAUACUUUCUCGGAAGCUGGGUUGGCUAAGUUAUCGAUUUAGUAAGGCACUACGUUUCGACUGGUUCAGAGAUGACCUUUUGAUGGGCACAUCCAGAGUACUGUAUUUGCUGAAAAAUGGUACAAGUGCCAUACCCACAGAAAUCAUUUCUAAUGGAAGGCUUUACUUCAUUGGAAGAGUAUUUCAACUUCUUGAUCUUGGUGUUCGUGCAGAGGGUCUCAAAGAGUUAUUCCGAGAUAGACCUGGCAUUUCCAAGGAUUUUGGAGUUACUGAUUUUGCAGCUAUCAUGAAAAUUCUCUCAGAUUGGCAGUCCCUCCCUAAAAAUAAACCUCUCUUAUCAGUAUUUUUGAGAUUCUUUGGGCAAGAGGUCUCAUUUUUUGAUUUAAAUCAAGAUGUUGUUCAAAGAAUCCUAAAGUCUGUGAGCCUUACUGCAAAUAAAGACAAUAAACUAUGGGAUCUUAUUCAACAACUACAAAAAGGAAUAUCAUGGCACUGGACAAAACCAUUCCUUAUGUUUGAAACCAGAUUUGUUCAGCCAACCUGUCUUGGCCUCCCAGUUGAAAUGAGCAAAUAUUAUUCUACAUUAGCAGCUGUUACUGUAAACGCAAAAGCUAACAUCGACCCACCUCCAAAAGAAAGUUUACAGGAACUGAUAGAUGCAGAUAUUUUUGUGGAAACAGAUGGAUUUGCUGGAGUGGCAAUGGAUUAUUUUGUCUUCCAUGGGAUCAAUACAGAUCUUUUCCAGUCUGGUGUCCAGCUGAAUGGCAAGACAACCAUGUCUUUGCCUUGGAAAGCUGGCUGGAAAAAGAACAUAAAAGAGAAAAAUUACGAGAUCACUUUUCCCCCAUGCAAAAAACCCACAGAGUUCUUCAAAAUCAAAUUCAACGUAUAUGCAGCAUCAAGAAAUAUUGAAGAUCCAUCAUUGGCUAAAAUGACUCCUCUGAUACCAGAGCACAGAGAUCCUGAGCAAAGUUUCAUCAAGAAAGACACAGAUAGACACAAAGAGUAUCAGGUAGAACCGUGGGAGAUAUACCAACCAAAAUGGAAGUACUGUGCAGAAUUAAGCUCUUAUGGAGCUGCAGUGUGCACUGAACUGGAAGCUAAACGGGUCCAAAACCUUAAAGACCAUCCUCUUUACUACUUCUUGGGAUACACUCAGUUCUCAUGUCAACUUGAGCCGGUCAGGUCUGUUAAGCCUGUAGAAAAGAUCAAAAUCCAGAUCAGUGCUGGGCCUCAUAAACACAUUUCACACCACAAUCAAAUGAUGACUGUCACUCAGGAAAAAUUCAAGGUACUAUGUAUAAAAAACUAUAGUUUCAUACGUGGAGUAAGAAAACUUAAGGGUAUUGAUGUCACUCCUGAUCCUGUGAUCAUGGUGAAAGUGCUGGCUCUCAGUCCUAAUGUGAAGCCGCUGGGUUAUGAGGCCACUGUGUAUUACACACCAGACAGACAGAAGGAUGACAUAGAAAUCAUUAUAUCUGAAGCUGCUGAAGAGACGAACUGGAAAAUAUGUGUUGAUGCCAAUAUUGACAAGAUUCAAACAGGAGCAAAGACUCACUUCAAAUGGGGAGCUGAGUGUCAGACGUAUGAAGUAGCAGUAAAGGUUUCUGCCAAAGGAGAAUCAAAGCCCACUAUAAUAGCAGAAAUUAACUGGGGAGAUGUUCCUGCAUUAAUCCAAACAUUCGGCCAAAGUGUUCGAGAGUACUUCCCGGGUGCGUCCUAUGCCUGGGGGUUCAGUCAGAAACACGAGAAAAAUACUGAACGUGAAGUUUCAGCUACACUUCUGGCUUCUGCUCAAGGAGGAUUUGAUCUUGAAGUCAAAAUUCCAGAGCUAACUGUGUAUCGCCAGGGAAUCUCCUCUCCGUUUGAAAAUGUGGGAAUUGAAAGUGCAGCAACAUGUCCUGUAUAACCACUAUUUUACCUUUUCACUGUAUAUCACACUACACUGAUUAUAUUUUCCAGCAAUGUCACACAUUCCCAUUGUCACACGGUACAAAAUUAAGUUCUAAUGGCUGUUAUUGCUAAUUCGUCUAUAAACUAAUACAAUUAUUGUAUGCUAAAUGUUAUAAUUUGAAUCAUUUUGAUGUAAUU